GUGCCCAAGAGUAAGGAUUGCGGUCGAUAGUUUUGCAGAGAUUGUGCAGUGUGGCUUCAGGUGGAUUACUCAUGAAAGUCUGUGUGACAGAAUCGGGAAAGUAGCAGUGGCUUUACUUCACUAACUGUCGCUAAGGAAUGUUAAUGCUGUAAAAAUUACAGGGAUCCUGCCACACCUACACGGACUGUUUUAUUUGUCUGAAAGGUGAACUGUAAUACAUACUGUUGCUGGAGUUAGCUCAGCCAUCUUGCCUACACGCCGUAUACCGUACCCAGUGCCAAUUACAGACACUGCCUGGGGAAAGUUGUGCCCUGGCAGAAUGAUACUGCUUCGCCAGUUUUUAUUUUGACUGGACUUGCUGCAACGGGAUGUGGUAACUGUUCAAGCAGUGGGUGUCAGAGCAAAGAGAACCAUCUGAUAGUAACUGCAACAAAAAAGCAUGGAGUGCAACUACUACCUGUUGGGGAUCUCUUGCCUGAUAUUAUUACUUCUCUGUACACUACCUAGCUCAAGUGGUGCAACCGCAAAAGACUUAACUUGCCAGGAGAUCACCGUCCCGUUGUGCAAAGGCAUUGGCUAUAACUAUACCUACAUGCCUAACCAAUUUAACCACGACACGCAGGACGAAGCGGGCCUGGAGGUGCAUCAGUUCUGGCCCCUCGUGGAAAUCCAGUGCUCCCCGGACCUCAAGUUCUUUCUCUGCAGCAUGUACACACCGAUAUGUCUGGAGGACUAUAAGAAACCUCUGCCUCCUUGUCGGAGCGUAUGUGAACGAGCUAAGGCAGGCUGUGCACCCCUGAUGCGUCAGUACGGCUUCGCCUGGCCCGAUCGUAUGCGCUGCGACCGUCUUCCUGAACAAGGCAAUCCAGACACUCUUUGCAUGGACUACAACCGCACAGAUCUCACUACUGCCUCACCAAUCUUCCCCAAACCCACUGUGCGACCUGUCCGACCCAAGCCACCUGGCAGUCGCCCGGCCUAUCCCCCCGCGCUGAAACCGGGCUCUUCUGGAGGGGCAGGAUGCGAGACCGGCUGUCAGUGUCGAGCACCCAUGGUGCAGGUGGUGAGUGAGAGACACCCGCUUUAUAACCGGGUCAAAACGGGACAGAUCAUGAAUUGUGCUAUGCCCUGCCAUGAUCCUUACUUCAGUCCGGAUGAAAGAGCGUUCACUGUUUUUUGGAUUGGACUGUGGUCGGUGCUUUGUUUUGUUUCCACGUUCGCCACCGUUGCUACUUUUCUUAUAGACAUGGAGCGGUUUAAGUAUCCUGAACGACCCAUAAUCUUCCUCUCUGCCUGCUACCUCUUCGUCUCCACUGGCUAUAUCGUGCGGCUGUUAGCGGGUCAUGAGAAGGUGGCCUGCAGCCGGGACUCGGACAUUGAGCACAUCCACUACGAGACUACGGGGCCAGCCUUAUGUACAGUUGUUUUCCUGCUCAUUUACUUUUUUGGUAUGGCUAGCUCCAUCUGGUGGGUCAUACUGUCCCUGACCUGGUUUCUUGCAGCUGGCAUGAAGUGGGGGAAUGAAGCGAUCGCCAGCUACUCACAGUAUUUUCACUUGGCUGCUUGGCUGGUACCCAGCAUCAAGUCUAUUGCAGUGCUUGCCCUCAGUUCUGUGGACGGGGACCCGGUGGCCGGCAUAUGUUAUGUGGGCAAUCAAAACUUGGACAAUCUGAGGGGCUUUGUGCUGGCACCCCUUGUUAUAUACCUCUUCAUCGGUACAAUGUUUCUGCUGGCUGGUUUUGUUUCUCUAUUCCGGAUCCGUAGCGUCAUCAAACAAGGGGGCACCAAGACUGACAAGUUGGAAAAACUUAUGAUCCGAAUAGGUAUUUUUACAGUACUUUACACAGUGCCAGCUACAAUCGUAGUAGCUUGUUACUUUUACGAGCAACACAAUCGACCAAGUUGGGAGAUGGCACACAACUGUUCCUGCCUACAGGAGCGCAGGCGGCCGGACUAUGCCGUUUUCAUGCUCAAGUACUUUAUGUGCCUUCUAGUGGGCAUCACCUCUGGGGUUUGGAUAUGGUCAGGCAAGACUGUGGAGUCCUGGCGGGCAUGUUGCACACGCUGCUGUUGGGCAAGUAAAGGCGCUACAGGGGGAGGGGGGUCCAUGUACAGUGACGUUAGCACUGGUCUAACUUGGCGAUCUGGCACUGCCAGCUCUGUCUCUUACCCUAAGCAGCUACCCCUGUCACAGGUCUGAAAGCUGGUGGGAUGCAUUAGCAUUUCAAUUCCAACUUCUUAAUGGUAUCCAUUAGUCAAAAGUUGCAUGGACUAACUGCUCAGGACAAUGUCCCCCUCCCCCAUAACAUCUCCAUUCAAAUGCAGGGGACAAUGAGGAAGCAACAAUGUGGUAGAGCAUCUCUGCCAUUAAGCACUCAACUCCCACCCUGCUGUCAUUAUUAUAUUGUAUUAGGAAUGGGAGUUGUGAGAGACUAAUUGCAAUUGUCUGGUGCCUAGUCCUGUAAUGCCUUAAAGUCUGAUUAUGCCCUCCAUAAUACGGGUUUCUUACAAGAUGUAUUUAUAUAUAAUUAUUUUGUACUGUGUAAAAAUGAAACUGUAAAUUUUGUAUAUAGCAAAUUAUUACAGUUUGUAAAUUAAUUUUUUUGUACAAUUCUAGAGAUACUUUUUCGUGAGAGCAAAUAUUUUACUGAUUCUAUUUUGACAAUAAAACAAAGUUGCGACAAAUGCUUCAGUCGUGCAAGCAAAA